AUGAACGCGUUAAAAUGUUUGUCUGUGAGAGGAUUAAGAGCAGCAUGUGCCCGGAAACACUCGUCCCUCACAACUGAACUCAUACAAAACAUGGACAAGAAGGCGACUUGGGAUCGCUUCUACACCGAGAACCGGACCAACGCUGCUGCUUUCAAGAACUUCGAGUGGUUCUUUGGCUUCGACUCCAUCCGUCACAUCAUCCUCCCGUUGUUACCGCCCAAAUCUCGCCCCGAUCGCCCGUUCCAAGUCCUGGACCUCGGCUGUGGCACGUCCGCACUUGGCCCGAGCAUUUACAAACACUCCCCCAUAACGGUCCACGUCACAUGCGCAGACAUCUCGCCGGUUGCCGUGAAACUAAUGCAAGAACACGUUACAAGUGAAGAGAUUGAGACCAGCGAUGCGGCUUCUCAGAUUAGUUUUGUGGAGAUGGACUGUACUCAGCUACUAAACCACUACGGACCUGAAAGUAUUGAUUUGAUCGUGGAUAAAGGCACGACAGAUGCUCUGCUCAGGUCCAGAGAGGGGAAAGAUAAAGCUAGGCUAAUGCUAUGUGAGGGUUUGACAGUUUUAAGGCGGUCUGGAGCUCUCCUGCAGUUUUCUGAUGAAGAUCCGGACGCCAGACUCUUGUGGUUGGAGACGGAAAUGCAAAAACAAGGGAUUAUGGGACAUGUAGUCACGCAAGAGGUGGGGGAGUUGAGAGGAGUCGUGUACUUUUGUUAUCAAGUUUUGCCAGCUGUGAGUGAAUGA